UGUGCCAAAUCCUGCACGCAAGGCGGUCCACUGGAAUGCACCUCCACUCAUGCACAUAACAUCUGUUGACAACAUACCUAACCUCCUGAGGGAAAGUGGUACUUUGUAUUACAUCCCCGAGAGCUGCAACAAGCUGACAACAUGAAGCCCAAAUCUCUUCCAUCGAUGCUGCCUGACAGAUAUUCAGCAGCAGCGGAGACUCUGAACGCGCAAGCAGCAAAAUAUGAGCGGCAUGUGGACUGCGUGGAUCACCAGCAGGACAGCCUGCAUCGCUCUGGACACGGUGACAGCCAGCCAGCGGUGGACAACAGCAGACAUGCUGAGAAGUGCCGCAGAGAAAUCCAUUUCGCCUUCCUGCCAGAGAGGUACGCGCCACUGAUAGAUGAGGAGGCACAUGUCAGGGCAAAAGAGGAGAAGAAGAAAAGGAAGAAGGAGCAGUACAAAAAAGUAAAGAAGAAUGUUGGUAAAGCACUUCGUGCCACAUGGAAGUGUCUAAUGCUUGGUCUGUACAAUUUCGCCCUUGGCUACUCCACUCCGAUCACAAUGGCUGCCACUUUUGUGCCUGACUUCCACCCGGGAAGAAACACCACCUGAGCUGAGCCACAGGCGCCUCAAACUGUACAUACCAGCAAACCCACAGACACCGACCAAAGACUCUUCAUAUGUUUAUGUCUGUGUAUUUGAUAUCACAUUUUUAUAUGCGUUUCACAAGCUGUUGCUGAAAUAUGCUCGUUGUGCUCUAGGUAACUGAGUGGUAAAGAUAAUAAGCCUUUGUGAAAUAGGCCUUUUUCACAUCAGACACUUGCGCUUUUCCUCCUGUGACAUCUUGAGCUUAUCGUUGAUUAAUAUAUUAAGAUCCAUCGAGAUCCAGAUUUGCAGAAAUACACGCAGUUAAGAUAAAAAUAAGAGCCAGUCUGUAAAAUAACUUUCUUCAUGUAUGUGCUCCUUAAGCCUAAGUCACAUACCGCUCAUGCACUUAACCUCCAGUUUAGACACUGAGAAACUUAUGUGCCUUUUUUAACUUUGAGGAUGUUUUUUGUUGUUUUUGUUGUUGGAGCAUCUUGCUGGUGUUUGCAUGUGUGCAGAGGGAUAAUGUGGGAAUGUGGAACCUCAAGCAAAAGGAGCGCCAGGACUAUUUACUGUAGCUGCAGAUAAAGUGGAUCAGGGCAGGAAGGACUGAACAGGGAAGUGAUCAUCAGUGAGGUACCUCAAAAGAUGACUAAGUGCCUCCAACCGGACCGCCGAUCUCAAGAGUAUUUUUCGCAAGUGUAAGAUGAUUCUCUGGUUGAAAUGUAAUGGUGCGACGUUUCAGCUUUUCUGUGCCUGUGUGAGUUUGAUCCAUUUUAAAGGUUUUGUAAGUCAUGAUAUUUGUGAGUUGGUGUGUGAUAAAAUGUUUCCGUGCGUUAGUUAUUCUGCUUUUUUUUCUUUAAUAGAUUUCCUGUCUAAUUGAGCAUCCUCUGCCGAGCAUCAAACACUGUUAGUUAACAACGUCUGAACGGGCAAGUGACACUAAAACUUAUGCAAGUGAAAAUAAGAGAAGACUUAUUUACUUCAUAAGGAAAGACAGAGAGGUUUGUUAUUAUUAUUAUUGCUUCGAAUGACAUAAGCACUUGUUGCUGUUGAGGAAAACAAGAACUGUUAGUUACACAAAAUAAAGACGCCCAAUAACCGGAAAUUAAAGUUAGUUUGAGUGCUCAGAAGCAUUUCCGGGUAAUAAAAUAAUGACUCAAUUUUAACUUUGGGCUUAUCAGAUGAGACGGGCUCCUGGCUACACUCCCAAACUUCUCUGGGAGGCUUUACCUCCUGUUGUUUCCUGGUGAGGAGAGGAGGCGUCUGGUGUUACAGACCGGUUGCACCACAGGUGAGAAUAGCAGACUGGCUGUGUGCUCGCUAAUUCAAGAUGUAGAAGACGCUGGAAAUUCGUCAUCAUGCAAAAGCAGGAUAUCUGAUUUACUGUGCCUGCUAUGGUGAGGAAUCCAAAAUUUGGUUCUCUUUCAUCCACCUCAAGCAACGACAAUACAGAGUCCGGCUAUGGCCGGGUCCUCUCCAUUUACACUCUGCUGAACUGGCUUUGGUGCUUGAAAGAUGGAAUGAUUAAUUUGGCCCCAAUAUAUUCCAAUAUCUUUGGAAUCAGGAAGCCCUUGCCUUCUAUAAUCUCACCCGCUGGCUCCAGGUACUCCAUGAUUCCUGACUCCCUUGUCAACUCCUUUCCAGAGACUGAGCCAGUCAAUUAUUUGGAGAUUGCACCACAGGGUGCCUUGAAUUGUGACUCCAAUUAAAGCUUUAAAGGUGGUGUGGCUGCUGUGUGUGAAUCAUGUGACCUCUGUGCAGUCAACAGUGACCCUCAGUUUAGGCUGCU